UAUCACGCGCGCUCAUCCAACGCGCACCAGGUCGAUCACAUCACCCACGUCUGUCACGGCACCACCGUCACAACCACCACCACCGUAGCGGUAGCGAUCACAGCGCAACAACCCCACACACCACCAAUCCCUAGCCCCCAUACCCAACCCUACACCCUCCUUCCUCUGCUAUCCACCCACUAUCGUUCCCAUACCAUCAUCCCCUUCGCCCUCACUCUCACCUUAUCUGCCAAAUCACGCGCGUCUACGUCGGUGGGUCAAGCUGCACGUGACGUGCACUGCUCCAAACUGUAACAGCCGCUGCUGAUCCCACGAGACACACACACACACACACACACACAACCCGUACAAGACCAACACACCUCUCCAUCUACCACCAUCGCAACCACCACAACCACCACCUCUACUCCAACCCUCUAACAAUAUGAGGUGGUACACAAUGCUCACACUCUUGCUUGUGUGUGUGACACUGACCUCGGCCACUACGGUCACCUCGGCCUCCGCGUCGGUCAAGGUCACCGACAUGUCCGACCUUUGCAAGGCAAUGAUGGGUGUUGUCAUGAACAACCCACCGUACCCGGAUCUCCUUCCAAAGUCCUCGGCAGUUGGUGCGCUGUUCUCAACUCGGCUACUUGAAGCUAUCUCGAGCUCAUCAACAUGCUCGCCAUCGUCUUCUGACUCGGCAAUUCAUGUCGUCGUUCCUGCAACUAUCGUCUCGGUUCCGGUUCCCUCAACCAUCCCGGGGCUAGAUCACCUGACUCUGAUCAAGGUCACCUACUCGGCGUCACUUGAUGCUGAAGUCACUGCAUCUUCCACUCAGGGCACGAUUCUCUCCUCGCUUGACAUCACUCAUUCUCUUGACAUCACUGCCGAUGCCGCUCUUGCGUCUGCUCCUAGCGCAGAGGUGAGUGUGCAAGGCAAGCUGGAGCUGAAGCUCUCCCUCCCGCUGGCGCAUGUUCCGCUGGCUCUGCUGCCCGAACUGGCCCUGCCGUACGCAGGCUCCUGCAGCCUCGCUGGCUCGUCGUCAGCAACCGGCAACAUGCUUGUGCUCGAUCCGCAUGCCGCUGACGGCCAGCCGCUGGUUGUGCUUAUCCACACCGCGGCCAACUUGGCUAGCCAGCCGCCCGCCCUUGCCGCAAACGUCGCCGCCGCCCUCGCCGCACUGCCGUCAGACACUAUCCCGUCGUGGACCGAUACCCCGACGACGCUCUUCGCCUCGCUCCGCGGUGGCUUUGUUACCAAUGGCUUGUCUCCGCUUACACCACUCGCUUCGGGCGUCCUCGUCCGCUCUCCUGACGAGUCGGUCUUCGGCGUGACUCUUUACUCGGCCUCCGCCUCAUGCACGGCCGAGACAUGCCCCUCCAUUCUGGCAUCCACCCUCGCUGCCGCUUUCGCAAAGACCGGGCUUGCUCCCACCGACCCGCUCCGCCACGCCUCGCGCCUGCAGCUCGCCUUUGCGCUCUCGCCUGCCGCUGUCGUCCCGGUCUCGGUCUCUGCCACCACACUGGCUGUCGCAGACUCGGCCGCUCUGGUCCUCGCCGCCGCCGCCGCGCUCGACCCCGCUUCGUCGUCCUGGCCACUGCCCGCCAUCGCCGCUCAGCCCGACAUCCUUCCGGCUCUCGGCCGCGGUCUCGUCCUCACUUUCUCGGGCUCCGCCUCGUCGACCCUCUCUGCCACUCCGACCCGCAUCGCUCCGCUCACGCCGCUCUUUUCCGCCGCCGCCAUCGGUGGCGUCGCCAUCCCGGACGCGCCCUCCCGUCAAGCCCUGCUCUGGCUCUGACGCUUGCCCGUCUCGCUGCCGCCGUCGACGCUCCGCCUGCGCUCGCUCUCUUUGUCAACAGCUCGCUCAUUCCCGUCGACAACAUCCCCGCCCUCAUCGACAACUACCUCGGCUCGACACUCGUUCCCUCCCGCAACGGCUUCUGGGCCUGGUUCGCUGCCACACAUGGCCCGGCCACGUGUCUCGCUCAUGGUAUCGAGCUCUGUAACCUCGAGUUCCGUCCGCCCUACACAACCGACGAUGCGCCUGCCCUUGCUCUCGCCUUUGGCGCACCCGCCUUGGCCGUCCCGCUCACGCCAACCUGUGCCGCCGCUAUCGACGACGCUCUUACUGCUGCGGCUACCUCGCUCAAGUCGGCAUUCCCCGCUCUGGCCGACUACGACCCGCCGGUCUUUGACCCGCACACAUCGUCGGUCGACGCCCCAGCAGCAGCAGCCUACCUCGCCGGCACCCUCGACCUCGAUACGCUCGCUUGGCUCGCUCCACCCGCCCACUCCUCACUCGUCCGUGCCGCGCUCUCCAAUCUGAGUGCCCCUCCGUCCGGCUCUGCCCUCUAUACAUCUGCCAACAUUACCUGUUCGCCUGCCGGCGCUGUCGCAGUCCGCACGCUGGAGCUCACCUCCGAGGCCGAGGCAUCAGCCGGCUUUUCGUGGGCCUCGCUCGCCAAGCCCGCUGCCCCGGUCACCGACAAGCUCGUCGUCGACCAGGCCGGAGCUGCUCAGCUCGCUACCGCUCUCGCUGCCGCCACUGCUACUCUCACUACCUCGGAUGCCUAUGCUUGGGCCAGCGGCCGUCUCGGCCCGACUCCCACCGUCCUCGGCCUGCCGAUCGUUGAUCUCCUCGGCGACCUCCACGACACCCUUACAAGCUCCGCCCUCCCCUCCAUCUCGGCCCGCAGCCUUGAUGCCCUCCUUGACGCCGCAAUCGCCAACUCCCCUGUCGCCCUCCACGCCAACAUCGCGCUCGGCCUCACCGGCUCGCCCGCCGCCCCGGUCCUGUCGCUCGACCUCGUUCAGACCUCUGUCUUUGUCACGGUUGUCGAGACACCCGACGCGCCGUGGGCCUCCGUUCUUGACCUCUCGCGGAUCCCGGUCCAUCUCCUCGCCACCCACACCCUUGCAUUCUCGUCCGCGGCUCCGACUGCGGUCAAGCUCACCGUCGCUGGUUCCGGCUCGGCCCACAGCUUUGCCGCCCCGGCAUCCUGGCACAUGUCUGCCGCUGCCGUCACGAGCGGCUCGCUAACGCUUGACCUCGACCUCCCGGCGGCGUCGAGCCUUGUUGUCACUGCCGAUGCCGUCACCGACGGUCUCGCCGGCUCCAUGCUCUCUAUGCGGGUCUCCAUUGUCGACUCGGACCUCACCGCCAUGGACAACGCCGCCCUCGUCAACGGCUCCGUCCCGCUCUCCUCCGACGCCGCCGUCGACGUUGUCGGCUACCCGCACUACCCGCCGACGGCCGCUGGCGCAGCUUCGCCGCUCCACGCCUCCGGCCCGGUCGCCUCGCUCCUGCCUACCCUCUCGGCCACCCCGCCCAAGGACGUCCUCGCUGCCCUCGCCAACACCAUCUCCUCGGUCGCAACCUUUGCCUCGGGCUCUGCCGCUUUCCCGCUCCCCAUCCUCGGCAAGGGCAUCAACGCCAUCGACGCCGUCGCCGCCGCACUUGAGCCCAUCUUUGCCAAGCUCACCUGGGCCGGCGAGCUCGAGCCGCAGCUCAUGUACGCCACGCUCUGUCUCGACGCUCCGCUGGCGUCACACACCGAGUCCUACUCGAUGUCGGUCAACGGCCUCGCUCCGGCUUCCUGCUCGUUCAAGCUCACGCAGCUCACGCCCGCAAACUUGCCGACUGCCGUCGAGGCUGCCGUCGCUGCCGGCCUCGCUGGCUGCGCUCUCCCCGGCCACGACGGCCUCUCUAUGGGAUCCUUUGUGGCCGCGAGUACCUCGCCAGCCUUUUCCCAGGACUCGGCAACUUGCACCGUCCUCUCGCUCAAGCCAGCAGUACCGGGCAUCGUCCGCGCCUUCACCAUGACCGCUUCCUCGGACGCCCACUUUCUCACCCCGUACGCCACCACCUGGUCGGAGUCGUCAGUCCCCGUCUUUGCCCGCUGGGACGAUCUUGUUGUCCGCCUCGCGCAGACCGGUAUCAACGCCCUGGUCCAUCUCCCGCUCCCGCUGAGUGUCGAGGCCACGUCGCUUCCGUCCCUCUCCGCCGGGCCCAUCUCGCUUGAUCUGCCGGCCUCCACUGCCGCCGCCCGAGUCGCUGCCUGGAUCGACACCGACGUCGCCAUUGUCCACGGCUGCGCUCCGCUCCGCUCGUCGGCCAACAUUACCAUCGAGACCGCCUUUGUCAACGGCUCCGCCACAGACGACUAUCCCACCGCCCGCGUCCCGCUCUCUGGUGGCGGCUUUCAGCUCUCUGCCAAAUUUGUCGUCCGCUCCGCCGAGCCCGGCGUCCCGCCCAAGUCGGUCGAGGUCGCCCAGUACCUGGCCUUUCGCCCAGGCGCCCUUGUCGCGGACCAGCUGCUCUCCUCGCUCCUCCCGCAGAUCACCGACGUCGAGCUCGCCGGCGUCCUCGCUGUCCGCCUCAUCGCGCCAGACCCCAUCCUCAACCCGGGCUCGCCGCAAGUCGAGAUCGCCAUCAACGCUGCCAUUAACCCAGAGACCCAGCACCUGGUCAUUCCGUACUCGCUCUCCAUCUCAAACAUCACUCUGCCGGGCCUCGAGUAUGCCGCGCCGGUCAUGAGCCAGUCGCGCGCUGUCGUCCGUGACCUCGAAGUCGGCCUCGCCACAGCCGCUUCCUUUCAUGCUGGCAAACUCGACGGCGCCAUCGGGCCGCUCGGUGUCGAGAUCGGAUCCGUCGCCGCCAAGGCCUCGGCCUCGCUCAUCCUCCACGCUGCCUCUCCCUGGCUCACAACCGCCACCGCUCUCAAGGCUGGCUCUCAGCCGACCUCACUCUUCUCUGCCUUUACCCUCGACGCCGCCGUCGCCGCUUCGGCCGUCGUCGGCGGCAUGGCCGUCGAUGCCUUUGCUGCCCCGAUUCCGGGCCUCCCGCACCUCACUGUCGACCUCUCAGUCGCCGACGCCGCAGACCUCGCUUCACCUGCUGCACUUCAGCAGUUCAAGGACAACCUGCAGGCCCAGGCCACCGCCACAUGGUCCGGUGACGAUGCGCUCAUCCGCAUGCUCAAGGGCCUCGCCUCAAAGGACGCCUCGAUGUGCGAGCUGCUCAAGGCCGGCGUCGACUUUCUGGCCGACGUCAAGGCCGACCCCAGCGUCCAGACCCCGCUCGCCCCGAUGAAACACUCGCCAUUUGGCCGGGUCCUCGCCAAGCUGCUGCCCAUGUACGACGACACGGUGGCCGCAGUGUGCGACCGCGGCGAGCCGAUGUCGCUUGCACUCUUCUGCUCGUUCAUGGCCGACGCCUUCCACUACCAGGUCGGCCCGGUCUGUUCCAACGUCUCGCUCGCCCACGAGACCUUCAAGCUCCCGCUGACCUUUACCCCCUACACCACCUCGUACACCGAUGCCUCGGUGAUGGACACCCAGCUCUUCCAUGGCGGUGGCUCGCUCUCGGCCGGCGUCUCAGCCUCAAACAAUCUCGCGGUAUCGGCCCAGGUCGACGUCGCCCUUGUGCUCGACGUCACCUUCCCGGCUUCGGGUCCGGUCCAAGUCGCGCUCGACAAGGACGCCACCUACCUUCGCGCAUCUGCCGGUGCUCACGAUGACGGCCAGCUCAAGCUCCAGUUUGGUCCCUACACCGCCGAGGUCGCAAAGUCGCGCGCGUGGCUCGCGGCGUCGGCCGACGUCGGCGACACCGCGCCCGCCACCCUCACUGCCUCGCCGGGCACAGGUGUCACCCUCGCCGGCUCGGCCGGCUUUGACGCCGCCAUCACCUUUCCGUUUGUGGACUCGGCCCAGUGCGAGGUCUCCGUCGUCGUCCCGUCCCUUGCCCACCCGUCCGACGCCACCGCCUCGGACGCAAAGUGCGCCGACUUUGUUGCCAACCUCGAUGCCGUCCUCUCAAAGUCGUGGAUGGCCGAGUUCUUUUCGCAUCCAGGCACCUUUUUCUCUUCCUUCUCGACCGACCUUGCCAAGUUGCGGGCACAAAUGUUUGGUCCGGACUCGAUCCUCGGCUCCAAGGCCAUCGCGUUCAUUGACAAGAAGCUCGCUACCCUCUUUGACGGCGAACUCUCCGCCAUCACCGGACCGGCCGUUGCCUCGCAGAUCAUCCACCAGAUCUCGGUCGACCUCGUCGACAAGCUGGCGGGCAUUCCGGUCUCGACAACUGUCGACGAGAUUGUGGUCGAGAUUGUGACCGGCGCGCUCAACGCGCACCUUCCACACCUGGCGCAGCCGGUCACCGUCGCCCACGAUGCUCAGGCUCGCAGCUACACCUGGUCGAUCGAGUUUGGCAACUCGGCACUCCGUCCGCUGUUCUCGGUUAACUCAGACUGGGGCGCGCAUGGCCUGCUCGACCUCGACAUCCAAUGCAACGCCCAGCUAGAGGCCGACUGGACCUUUUCUAUUGCGCUCGUCUACUCGGCGGUCCACGGCGUCUCGGUCACGCUCCCGGUCGAGCCGGCCUUCUCGUCGACCGUUGACCUCGACAUGCCGUCCGGUUGUCAGCUGGUCGGUGGGCUCGGCCCGCUUGGCUUUGAGCUCAUCACCACGCCGGCAGACACCUACCUCAAGGGCACGCUCGCGUUGACGCUCCUCCCCAAGGCCGACAUCGACAUCGACAUCUCGGCCCAGCUCGGCGGCAAAGGCCUCAUGGGUGCCGGUCCGCUCAUUGCCGAUCUCGCCCACACCACGCCGCAGGAGGCGCUCACCGCGUUCAUCCACUACGAGGCCUCGUUCAAGGCUGGGUACGAGUUUGACAUCAAGGCCGGGCAGACGUCGACCACGCCGACCAAGCUCGCGCUCAACGACGUCGAGAUGUGCCUCGGCACCAUGCUCGUCAAAUACAUCGAUGCCAUGAUGGGCCACGUCACCAAGAUCCUCGACCCGCUCAACAAGGUCUUUGGCCCCAACGGCGUGCUCCUCAAGCCGAUUCCGGGCAUGUCCAAGAUCUUUGGCUCCAACUUUAACGCCCUUCGCGUCGCCCGCUUCUUCUGCGAGCUCACCUCGGACUGCAACAUCGACCAGCUCGUCACCGCCAUUCGCGUUUACGGCCGGAUUAUGAACGUUGUCGCCGUCGCCGACGAGCUCUCGUCGCUCGGCGUCGAGGGCUGCGGCGUGAGCAAACUACUCGGCUCGUUCGAGCUCGCGCUGCACAAGCCGGUUCUUGUUCCUGACGGCUACCUCCCGCCCAAGACCCAGCAGAUCCUGUACAACUCGGCAGUUGCGCAAGCUCACGAGAAGGAGAUUGCCUCGUUUGUUUCGGGCGUGACCACCUCGGGCUCGUUUGGCAUCGAGUACAACAUCCUGCACAACCCUGUCGAGAAGCUGCUCGACAUGAUGAUGGGAACCAACUUUGCCAUUGUGGGUGUCACCAUUCCGGACGCCACGCUCGCGCUUGGUAUGCACUUCCCCAUCCCGAUCUGGCCGUUCCCGCACGUUGUGCUCUCGCUAGACUUUAAGGCUGCGCUCACAGUCUCGGUCGGUGAGGUCUCUCUCACUUACGAUGCGGUCUACGAGUCGAUCCACUACAAGAACCCGUCGUACUUGUUCCGCGGCUUGGGCGUGACGUACACCAACCCAGACGGCUCGCCGCACUACCCGCUCAUCUUUACCGCGUCGAUGACCGGCGAGGUCUCGGUCGGCGUCUUUAUCUUCAAGGGCUACGGCUACGCCGGGCUCCAGAUCGAUGUCUCGAUCCGACUCAACAACCCGAAUGGCGGCGAGGUCAUUACCUUUGAUCAGAUUGCGCGGCUGGUGAAGCACGGCAACCUGAUGCACUCGCUCGACGGUGGCAUCGUACUCACCUUCAAGUACGGGCUGGGCAUUAAGGCAUGCGUCCACCUCGUCUUUGUUCACAAGUGCUGGACCGUCGUCCACUGGGACGGCUCGCACGUGGUCUUCACCGACAAGUUCAACCCGCAGUCGGUGCCUGCUGUCUCGUCGGGCGCUGGCGCCAUCAACCUUGGCCUUGUUGAUCCGUCCAUGAUGCUGCUGAGCUCCUCGGCCAUGCCCACCUACACCAUCGACGACGCCGGCAACGGCAUGCUCUGGUUUGCCUUUGUGGUUCCCGGCCAGCCGGUCGGCGAGGCUCUGCCCACCCGCGGCGUCACCGCCGCCACCGCCAAGGUCGUCACCUUUGCCGGAUCCGCCAGUGGCGCUUUCCGGGUCGUGCCGCGGUCGGCGACGCCUGUGGCGCUGCCGUCGGUCGCCGCCGCUCAUGUCGAGCUGCCGAUGGCGUACCAUGCCCCGGCAAGUGGGACGCCCACCUAUGUGGCAAGCGCGCUCAAGGUGAGCGCCGCCGGCGGCGCUGGCGCCUCGCUCGGCAAGACCUGUGGAAGCGUGAGCCUCACCGAGCCCGUCGACCGCGCCGUCAUCGCGGUCCAAGGCGCUGUGUGCCCGGUCAGUGUCUCGGUCGCGUCUGCGACAAACGUGACCGUUUCCGGCGCUCUGGUCGCCUACGGUGGCCAUGGCGUCUCGCUCUCGGGCUCGGGCGGCGACACCCUCACCAUUGACGUCGUCACCGACGCGAUCCGCAUCGAGGCUGCUACCGUCAUGCUCGGUGCAAGCUCGGAGCUGGCGGUCGCCCUCGCCGCUGACGGCCUCUUCUCGCGGCUGCAGCUCAAGGGCUCACCAUCGCUGGCCACGACCUUUACCGUCGCGGCGGCUCCAGUCGGAACCGCGACGUCGGCCGCGGGCGGCGAUGGCGACGACAUCUUUGAGGUUGCCGACCUCGCGGCCCUCGGCUCGCUGGUCACGGUCAACGGUGCUGGCGGUGACGCCAACAGCCUCAGUGUCACACUGGCCAAGGACGCGACCUUUGCGGACGUCAUGGCCGACUUUGUCCUCGGCGGCUUUGACUCGGCCCCGUCGCGCGGUGUUGGCUUUGGCAAUAUCCAAACGCUCAACGUCAACGUUCAUGCCUCGGCGAACAAGAAGACUGUCGGGCUGUAUGUGGCUGCGCCGGUCUCGGGCACGACCGUCAAUCUACACGGGAUCAGCAGCGGAGCACCCGACGCCACCUUGACCUACGACCUGCGCGGCUGCACCCGUGAGUCUGCGCUCAACGUCUUCCCGCAAGGCGGGGGAAAGCACACCGUCAUCCUCGGCAACGGCGCGCUCACCCUCACCGACUACGAGUGCGAGAUCAAAAUCGUCAGCGCUGACGCCGACAACGUCGUCGAGCUGCACAUGAUGGCGAGCCACGAUACCCGCGAGCUGCAGUAUGCGGUGACUGACAGUGGCGUGGUGGUGACCAACGGCAAGACCGCCGGUCUCCGCGUCACUUUUGUCGGUGAUGUCAACCGGGCGAGAAUUCUGCUCGGCGUUGGUGGCUCGCGCGUCUCUCACAAACUCGUCUCGGCUGUCACCGAAGUGCUUUACGCAUCUGUCGGCCCAGCAAACCUCGCUAUGGCCGCUACUUCAGCAGCCGUCAUCGCCAACGGAACGAUCGAUAUCGCCUUUGGUGAGCCGGGCUCCGGCAAGCAUCCGCUUGCGGCCAUCCAUGCCCCCGUCUUUGUGGGCACGGCUGAGGCGUCAUUGUUGACACUAGCGACCGCCACUGGGCCCGACGCCAUCCCGCAGUGGUUUGACUUUGCCGCGCACCGUGUCUGUCGCGCCGCCCCGCAGUCGGGCGUGCCGCAGCGGCCGCAGAUCGCCGCUACUCCGUGGGCGACGGCGCUGGCGACGGUCCUUGGUGUGCCAGCUGGGAGCGACGGCAAGCCGGCCUGCCAGCUGGCCUACGCCGCCAGCCCUGCACGGUACGUCAUGAACGUGACAACUGGCGGCGGACGCGACGGCCUUCUCGGCGCCGGCGUCUCCAACGUCGUGCUGCACGCUGCAACCGGAGGCGGCAUCGACUUGCUCACCUGGCUGAAGUCUGGCGACGCUGCGCAGCUGGACGUCGACCUCGGCGAGGGCGUUGACUUUGCCAACUUCGAGGGCCCGCUGAACUCGGAUGCCCGCAUCGCUGUCGGGGGAGAUGCUGCCGCAGAUGUGGUUGUCUUCUGGGCGCCCGAGGAGAUGGCCCCGCUGGCGCCGUCGCUGCUCAAGGGCGACUCCGUGGUGCCGAGUGGGUUCGGCAUGCCGGCGCCCAGGCUGGUGGUCUCGCACCUCACCACCAAGGACUCGAUGUCGCUUCUCCGCGGGACGCCGGAUAUGUCUGCCUACCCGUGGCUGGCGGGCUACUUUGGCGGCUCUCCGGCAGUCGUCAACGUGACAACUCCCGUCGGCGGGCAUCUCGACUUUGAUCUUGUCGACGGCGAGACCAUGGAGGUUGUGCAGCUCCCGCUCUCGUCCCAGUCCACCUUUGCAGCCGCGUCGGCAAGCCAACCCGGCAAGGUGGCGCGCAACUGGGUCCUGGAUCUAGCGCUGAGCUCAGUGGCCGAGCCGACGGUGGUCGCCGUCAACGGCGAGGCCGGCAGCAACGGAACUGUCGUCGUGACCCUGCCUUUGCUCCCGGCUGGUGCAUCAUACAUGGUCGCCGUCCACGACCUCGGCUACGGUGGUUACGGUCGUGUUGUGGUCGGCGGCCUGCGGCUGACCGUCCAGCAUGUCGACGUGGUGGUCAUUGACACGCAGGCGGCGGCUGGCACCGUGGUCGACGUCGCCAACGCACCGCUCUCCACCGGCCUCGACUCUGCAAUCGUCGUGGUCGGCGCCGGCAACGUGGUCCUCCCGGCUCAGUUCGCGUUCCCGGUUCUGAUCUCGGGCGGUGCUGUCGACGCGACGAGCGGCGCGCUGGUUACCGCCGCCGCACCGAUAUGGCUGGUUGGUCAGACAACGACCGCACAGUUUGUCGGCUCGGAUGCUGUCGAUCUGGACGGCCCCUGCCUCUCGGCGCAUGGUGCCGUUUCCAAGUCGAGCAUGCCUGCCGCCGUCAUCCGGAUCGCUGGCCUGGCCCCGGUCCCGGUGGCGCAGGCCUCUGGUUGUGGCGCCGGCCUGUUUGGUGUUGAGUCGGUGGCCAUGGCCGCCGCUAACCUCACCGCGACCCGCAUGGCUGCCGGCGCCAAUGUGGCGCUGCUCAACGCAACCCAUCCAGCCGCGCAGGUGGUGCUGGCCGAUACUCAGCUCUGGUCUGCUGUGGCGACAGAGGUCGGCGGCGCCGAAGCCGUGACUUUGGUCACUCGGGACGAUGGCACCACCUUUGCGAUUGCCACCCGCGCGUCGGCGGCUCUCCGCGUUCACACCGGCGUUGUCGCAGACGACGGUACGCUCGAGCUUGCUUGCUUUGGCGUCGGUACCCGCUUCGGUCUCGAAUUUAUGGGCGCAAGCGCGGAGGAGACUAGCGUGAGCGUCAGCGGCGCCGGAUGCCGGGUCACGCUCGGAUCGACGACUGCGGGUGUGCGCAACGUGCCGGCCACUAUUGUCUCCAGCGCUGCCGCAAGCGAUGUUGUCGUCGAUGUUGCUGCCACGGUUUGGGUCGCCGGUGCCGAGACCAGUGCUGUCGACGGCCGGGUCGUUGUCGUCCGCGGGAGCGGUGCAAGAGCGGUCGACGUUCAGGUGGCACGGCCCGGCAGCGCCAUGUUUGGCGCUGUCCAGCUGCGUGUGGUCGGGAGUGGAACUCGUACGACGGCAACGUCGGAAGAUCGGUUCCUGGGCAAGUUUGCACGCUCGCUGCCGAGCGUCGUCUUUGAACCGCGCGGCUCGGGUGCGGAGCUCCAGCUUGUCAACGCACGCCACGGUGCCGCGACCGGUGUCGUGGUUGAGGCUGGGCUGGUCAAGAACAACGGCGCUGGCGUGCUCUCGAUUGACUAUUGCGGAGAGUCCGGCUGUGGCUGGAGUUGCUACAGUUCGUCACAGUGCACAGCCCGCCAGCUGCGGGCCGAUGCGGUGUUUGGCGGGCCUUGUCGGUCGCGGCAGGAGCUGAGCGAGUGCGCAGACGCUGCGCAGUGGCGAGUGGUCGGUGGCGUGAGCGCCGAAAAGCGCCGUGACGGACUGCUGUGCAAGCCGUUUGGUGACCUCACGUUCGGCGUCGACGCUGAAUCCGGCAGCGCCAAGUAUGACAGGGCGCUCAUGGGCUUUGUCGUUGCAUCUGCGGUUGCCUGUGUCAUCCUCACUCUCGGCGCGCUGGUCUACGCCGAGCGCGGGCUGGACUACGGUCUCGGGCAGGUCUUUGGCGACCGCUUUGGCUGGGCGAGGUUUGUCGUCUUUGCGCUUGUCUCGCGGAGCAAGCUCCCGUCAUGGGCGCCGGCCACCGUCGAUGUUGUUGCCGCCGGCUACCAAGCCGUGGCGAACCUCGGCGGUGUCCAGUGCACCGCGGUAGAGCCUUCACCGGACACCGACGCACUGUGGCGCAAGAUGAGCGCUGGUCUCGUCGGCGCAGCGGCGGCCGGAACCGUGGCUAUUGCCAUCGCCCACGUCAUGGCCCGGCAGCGGCGGUACUCGGCGUGGAUCGUGGCCAGCAUCGGCCGGGUCUUCCUCGGCCUUGCCGCCUUUGCCCUUGCCGUGCCUGCACUGGCGCAUGGACUCGAGUCGGCCGGUGACGGUCUACUUGUUGGUUGCGGUGUGUGCGUGCUCGGGCUCGGCGUCCUCGGCGACGCCGGGAGGACUCGGCUUCGCGUGGUCAUGGCCGGCGCGCACGUCGCGCUUGACGAUGUCCACCCCCCGCAAUUGGCGGCAGCCGUUCUCACUUACGGCCUGAGCCUCGGUGCCGCAUUCAGCGCCGCCGCGCUGGACAGCAGUGCCUCAGCCCGCGUCUCGCUUGUGCUGUGGAGCGUGGCGCUGGCCGGCGAGCUAGUGGCGCCGGCGUGGAACAUGCUGCAGGGCGGUCAGCGGCUGCGGCACGGCGCGGUGGCUGCCGUCGGCUCGCUUAUCUCGGGCAUCCUCGGUGGUGUCGCUCUGCACCUUCUCGAUGCCGGCGGCUCGGUCGCUGUCGUCGCACUGUGGGCCAUCGCCUUUUGGGGCCAGUGGCUCGUUAGUGGCAUUGUUCUCGUCCGCGGGCGGACUCUCGACGGCAGCGUCGUUCGCGAGCGCGGCAAGGGUGUCCGACGCCCGUGGCUUGGUGGCCACGACGAGCACGUCGGUCUUCUCGACGGCGGUGGCCUGCUGAGCGAGGUCAGCGAGUCUGAGCCCGCGCUCAACUAACGGGCCUUCAAGAUUAAAACGUGUCUACCGCUACUGCGUCAGCGAUGAUCAGUACCAACCGG